UGUUGUUGUUUUUCCCCCCUCCUUUUUCAAGUUAUUUUCAAAAGUAGCAGAAACACACACACACACGUCCCAGUUCCAACCCAACCCCCUCCAGGACUGAAUUCUCGCCUCCCUCAGACCAGAAUAUGGCAUCCAACAAUAUCUUUGAUUCCUUCACGACCUAUUCGCAGCCCUUCAUUCGCGACCCGAGCACCAGCCGGCGCUUCACACCUCCCUCCACGGCCUUCCCCUGCGGCAAGAUGGGCGAGAAUAGCGGGGCGCUGAGCGCGCAGGCGGCUGCGGCCAGGCCCGGCGGGCGCGCCCGUCCCGAGGUGCGCACGGUGGUGGACGUGCUGGCCGACCACGCGGGCGAGCUGGUCCGCACCGACAGCCCCAACUUCCUGUGCUCCGUGCUCCCCUCGCACUGGCGCUGCAACAAGACGCUGCCCGUGGCCUUCAAGGUGGUGGCCCUGGGGGAUGUCCCCGAUGGCACGGUGGUGACGGUGAUGGCCGGCAAUGAUGAGAAUUACUCGGCUGAACUUCGUAAUGCUUCGGCUGUCAUGAAGAACCAGGUGGCCCGAUUUAACGACCUUCGAUUCGUUGGCCGGAGUGGCCGAGGGAAGAGCUUCACGCUGACCAUCACCGUGUUUACCAACCCCACCCAAGUGGCCACCUACCACCGAGCCAUCAAGGUGACCGUGGAUGGGCCUCGAGAGCCAAGAAGGCACAGGCAGAAAAUGGAAGACCAGCCGAAGGCCUUUCCUGAUCGAUUUGGUGAGCUGGACCGGCUUCGAAUGCGAGUGACGCCAACAACCCCUAGUCCCCGGGGCUCCCUGGCCACCUCUGCUCACUUCAGCACUCAGGCUACAGCACAAGGCACAUCUGACUUAAGUCCAUUCUCCGAUCCACGCCAAUUUGAUCGCUCUUUCUCCAGCCUGCCAGGCCUCCCAGAGCCUAGAUUUUCGGACCCCCGGAUGCAUUACCCGGGGGCCAUGUCAGCUGCCUUCUCCUACACGGCCAACCCCUCCCCCACAGGCAUUGGCGGAAUUAGCAUGACCAGCAUGCCUACGGCCACCCGCUUCCACCACACAUACCUCCCCCCUCCCUACCCAGGCUCCACCCAGAACCAGAGUGGGCCCUUCCAGACCAAUCCCUCCCCUUACCACUUGUACUAUGGCACCUCCUCCAGUUCCUACCAGUUCUCCAUGGUGGCCGGUGGGGAGCGCUCCCCCACCCGCAUGCUGUCCUCCUGCACCAGCACCGGGCCGGGAAAUAACCUCAUGAACCCCAGCCUGGCCAACCAGAGUGAUGGCGUCGAAGCUGACGGCAGUCACAGCAACUCCCCGACUGCCAUGACCACCCCCGGAAGAAUGGACGAGUCGGUAUGGAGGCCAUACUGAUGGGCACCAUGGAGGAUGGGCCUCCCUGGGAUCAUCCUGUCCCAAUCCUGACUCCAGGCCCCCAUGGAGCGUCCCUGGCCUGAAUCACGAGGCUCCAGGCAGGGCUUGGACAGCCGCACCAGAAGGGCCCCCUCUUUCCCAGGGAGAGGAAGACCUGAGACCUAGGGGAGGAAGGAAGCCAAGCUGUCAAUACAUCAAACUGACGGGCUGGGGUGGGUGGGGAAUGAGUUUUAGUUGCUGACCGCUGUGUACAUAGGACCCACCUUCCAAGAAACAACCAAAGCAUCAUGGAAUGGGAAGCCCUUGGAAAACCUGGGCUCGGCCAGUGAGGCGCUGUGUGACCUCAGGCUGAGUCCCUUCCCCAUCUGAGCUUCAGUUUCCUCUUCUGUAAAGUGAGGAAGCUGGACCAAAGGACCUCCAAGGUCCCUGCAGCUCCAUAUCUUAGGUUCUAAGGUUCCCUUCAGACACCAACGUUCGUUUCCCAGUGUUGUAAGGCGCCUUCACGUUUUAAUGUUCUGUGUUCUGACAUUGCUUCCAGUUCUAACGUUCGGGGCUCUGAUGUUCCCUGUUCUAAGGUCCUUAAAGCAGCUCUAAUGUUCUGUGGUCUAAGGUCCCUUCCUUCUCUAACCAGUGUUCUAAGGUCUCUUCUAGCAUUCUGUGUAUGUUCUAUGAUUCAUUUCUUCCUGAAUCCCCAAAGAGAAGGCAAAUUUUCCCUUUCCCUCCCACCCAACAACCUCAGACUUUGUUAUUCCUACUUCCCUUUUCCAAGGCCUGAAUUCUACCCGCCAAAGAGUAUUUGACUCCUUAGGACAGGGAGUCUACCUCUUCCUCAAGUAAUAACCCAAAAGAGCACCAUCAGUCACCAGGAAGGCCGCCCGCCUGCUUAGUUUCAUGCUCCUGUCUCAUCUGGUAAAGUGCCAGAUGGCCUCUGCUCCUGGCCAGUGUCCCCUCACACUUUGAGAGCCAAAGGAUGCCCCCAAGACCCUCCCACACCUUCCUGCUCCCUGCCUUUGCUGAACCCCAUCGCUCUUUCGCAGCCGGGGUUGGGGUCUAUAGGUGACAAUAUCGGGCCGAGAACACGAUAGGACCAUGGCUUUAGGGAGAUCCAGUUCCUGGUGAUAUUGAGCCCAGGGCUUCCUUCUUUGGGACAGGGAGUCAGGCAGGUGAUUGGUGGGAAGGCCUCCCAGUAAAGUCCACACACAGGUCCUUUGGCUGGGUACUAAAGGCAGGUCCCACUCCAGCUCUUGGUGGGCCCUGGGAUGGGUCCCAGACCAUCUGUUCCUCCUCUGAGCAUCUUGCCCACCGAAGAAGAGUGCAUUCCCAGAGGCCUUGGGGUAAAGGACCACUAACACCAGCCAGAGAGAGCCAUAAGUUUGGCCUGGACAAACCACACCCACUCACCUUUCUCUUUUGGCUGUUUCCAUUGGGGGACAGGGAGCUAGGUAAAGUUUUCCUUGCAGAGCAACUUUGUACAUAUGUAUGAGGUGGGUGAAGAGGGUGGGGAGCAAAAGCGUAGAGAUCUUUCACCCCAACAUUGAGUGUGAAGGUGCUCAUGGGAGCACGGGGAGCCCUGAACCAGAGACCAGAAGGCUUGCCUUGGCUGGGGCAGAGGAUUAGCUUGACUGCACAUUUACCCUCUCAUCUUCAGUUUCUUCCUUGGAAUAAUGAGAGGGGUUGGAUUGCAUGACCCCUAAUGGGCUUUUUCCACCCCAGUUCCAUAAUUUUUAUGCUAUCUAAGGCCCUGACAGUCUGACAUCUCUGCGAAAUCUCAUGUUCUGUGUGCCACAUCCCCCAUCCCCAGCACUUAACAUUCUGUUCUAAAUACCACAGUGGAAGGGCCUUUCCAGCUGCAGCAUGCUGUGAUCAGUCUGUCACUCCAUGUGGGAAGUUCCCAUCUAGCUCUGAUAUCCUUCUAAGGCUGCUUGAGGUUCUGAUGUUCUGUGUUCUAAGAUCUCUCCCAGCUCUUACAUUCUGUGUUCUAAGGGCCCUCCCAGCACUGACAUCCUGGGUUCUAAGAUGCCUCCCAGCUCUGACCUUGUGUUCUAAGGACCUUCUCUGUUCUAACAUCUCCUGUUCUCAGGGCCCUCCCAGCUCUGGCAUUCUCUCCAAGUUUCCUCUAGGCCAGUUCUCUAUUUCCUACCUACAGUGCAGUCAAUACCAGGUUCUUUUGUUAUAGAAAAUGACUGUUAAGUGAAAUGAAUUUGAGAAGCAAGAAGCAUCUUGUACAAGACCUAUCCAUUGCCUCAAGUUUGCUGUAAGCAGAUGAGAAAGCACUUAUUUCUUUGAACUGUUUGCUGGGGUGUGGAAAUUAUUUCUAACAGGAAAAAAGAAAAGACCCUUUGUUGUAUUGGGGUUUGUUGCAAUGGGAUUGCCCAUCCUCUCCACCACCAAGCUCAUGGCCUGCUCGUAGGAAGGCUUCCUGUGGAUAUAGGGAGCCAUUAUGAAGAGGUCACCCAAAUUCUCCCCUACGUAAUUACCUUCUUGCUGCAUUCAUUGGAGAAGAAGGCAUAGUCACCACCUUCUCAAUGACCCUAUUUUCUUCAAACAUCUUAACCCUGGCACUUUGAAAUCUAAAAACCUACUGUCCUAGGGACCACCCCACCUUGUGUGGCCACAAGCUGGUAACCUUCCCGCCAGACCAGCCGUACAGAUACCAGCAGAAACAUGCUUCCCACUAGGCUGUGACUUCUUCCUCCUUGUGGUCCCCACCCAGCUCCAUGUUCAUCAGCUGAGGCAGGGUCUCAUACCCUGAUCUCCACCUAGAAAGAGAGUAGAACAGGGCCACCCCUGUACGUAGCAACAGGAAAAGGGAGGAAGGGUCCAACAUGCUGCUGAUGGCAGGAGACAAGUGGCCAGGUUUCUCCACCUGCCCAGGCAAAGGAUGCCCUACCAUUCCCAUGCCCGGAUACCAACGCUGCCCCUGUGUCUUUUGAAAACUUCGCUUCCCCACCCCAUCCCCCUCUGUUGUUGGGUGGUGAAAAUAGGCUUUGCACUGUAAUUUGCUUGAGUGUCCAGAGUAUUUUUAAUGCUUGUAUGGUAAACUUGGGUCUGCCUUCUGUACUAUUUAAUGGCAAAGUCCAAUUUUGUUGUACUUGUUAUAAUAAUAUAAUUCUGAGAGACAUUGAAACAUCCCAACCUAAGGCUGUCUCUGUGUGCGUGUGCGUGUGUGUGUUAUGUGUGUGUGUGUGUAUGUUUUAGUAUGUGUGUGUGCCGCCUACUGGCCCUUAGGGCAAAGCCAACAGGAUGCUGCCAGUUGGUGUAAUAGAGUUGAAUGGAAUGGUCACUUAGGGUGACUAAAGAAGAAGCCAACCAAUAAAAAGCCUGAGUCCAUA